UUAAAAGUUUGUUUUAAUGGUGCCGAUAUACGGAUGCUAACCAUAUAUAAUAAAAGCACGAUAUGGUUUCAACAAACAAUAAACUAUUUUAAAUAUUUCGGGAGAGAAACAAAGCAGCGACGAACAAAAGGAACAAGAACAACUAGUUCUUAUAUGGUUAUAAUAAAGAAAAAACACUUUUAUGAUAGUUAAAUUAUGUCGAAUUUUCGGUGGUGACAGUGUGCUGAUAUGAUCUGCUCUACACUGGUUAUGUUCGAGUAUAAUCCUAUGCGGAUUUAAAACACAUUCAUCAUACCCCUCAACUGGCCAAGUAAGUGGUACCAAAACAGAAUUAAAGUCGCGAGGGAGCGCAUAUGAGUUGGUAAAUAAGAAUUAAAAACGCCGAUAAAGCGAACCGAAUGGAACGCCGGCUGCUCCUGCAAUUCGCCGGGGGUUUUUAGGUUUUGGUUAGGACCGCGCUGAAACGUCUCAGUUGGAAGUGAAAUGCGUUUCAACCCCCGUUCGUUCGUCGAGCAGCAGGAGCAGAUGUUUCUGGGUUUUCACAUUCGGUUCCUCUGGCCUAAUGGAACGCGCCAAACACAGUCGGUCAUUGUACGGGUGUACGGGUGUCUUAUGUACAAGUAAAUGGUGUUUUAUGGGGUGGGGCCUCGUAUCGGAGCACGAUCCACUCGACUGCGCGCCGGCGCAGGAAGUGGAGGAAGUUGAGGAGCUGCCGGCUGGAACGGCUCUCCAGAUCAGUCGAGUCGCAGUUGCCGAGGCGAGCGGAUCGUGAACAGUGCUACGAACCCAAAGAAAACCCAAAGUAGUGAAAGAACACCCCUAAGAGGUUGUGGAAUUGCCACCAGUACAGUGCCAACAUGUCUCAGCAUAACUAUACGAACCCGGCCUUCUGCCAGAACAGCGAGUUUUACCCGGUGCCCAGCGGCAACUCGUCGCGAGUGGAGUCCAUCUACAACAGAAGCCUCCAGAUGAACUUUGGAGCGGCUCCUCCGCGCGCCACUCGAGAUCCCCGCGAGGGUCCCCUGCGAAUGCAGCGUAGCAUGUCCACGCGAUCAGUGACGCGGAAACAACACCAGCAGCAGCAGCAGCAGCAACAGCAGAUACAUCAGCAACACCAGCAACACCUGGCUCAGCAGCAGCAACACCAGCCGCCAUCCUCUAGUGGUCGCUAUGCUUUGGUUCCCCUAGAGGAACUGAACAGCAGUAGGGCCAGUAGAUACGCCAUAGUUCCAGGACAGGCGGCCCAGAGGUUGGCCAGAUCACAGGAUAAUCUGGAUCGCUAUGGCUCCAGACAUGGAUUGCACGAAGAGGAGGAGCCGCACUCCUUCCACGAGGAACCCCAUCAGGAGACCCAGUUUGCCAGCUUGCCACCGAUACUUAAUCUGCCGCCCAAGCCCAGGAAUAUUAACAACAACACCAAUCCCAAUCAAACCCAGAUUAAGCACGCUUUUAGUAGCGACUUCGGCAGCAAGACCUUCUUGAUAGUGGAUAAGAAUAGCAACCAGAGGUACCAGAUGGUGCCCACCGCCGAGGACGAGGAGCUGGUGGACGAGAACCAGGAGAUCAUACAGAUGCACAAUGGCCGCGCCCAUCGAUAUGCAGUGGUGCCCACGGAUGCGGACGACGAUGAUCUGGCGGAGGAGCUGGAGCAGCAGGAAACCUGCCUGAGCAACAUGGAAUUGAGCAGGCAGUACGCUGCGAGGACCUCAACGCCGCAGCAAAAGAAUGCAGCUGCCGCCACUAGGGCCUUGCAUGAGCUCCUGACCACGCCCAGGAAGAUGCAGCCGCCUCCGCGAUUGGCGCACUCCACGCCCCGGAACGCCGCGCACCACGAGCAGCUGCAGAUGGAAAGGCGGUUGGAGAUCUACAAAAGCCAACAGAUCUACCAAAGCCAGCAGGUUGGAGCAGUUGUAGGAGUCCCUCCAACAUUGCCCAUUCGCCAGAACCGACUCUCCCCACAGAGACUCCACUACGAGACCGUGAAGCCGCUGCCCAUGCAGAUCGCAGAUCGAUCCAUGGCCGUCAUCAGUCCACGGGUCCAGGAGCAGGGGCAGGAGCAGGAACGGGAACAGGACAUAAGCAGCAUCCAGGGAAAGGGCAAGAAAAACAGCUCCUAUCCGCAGAAAAUGGCCAAUGCCACCAUUACCUUGGCCGUGGUCUCCCUGAUGCUCGUCUUGGGCAGCACCAUGAAUGCAGGGCUCAUCAUCUACAUGAUUGCACACCUCGGAAAGUCCUUUUACCUGCAGUUUAGCCUGGUGGCCUCCUUCUCCGGAAUGGGACUCGGCUUCCUGGGAUUCAAGUCGCGCCACUGCGAGUGGCUGCCGAACAGGAGCUAUAGCUCCGGCUAUAUCCUGGUCACCGUAUUUUGCCUCUUCAAGUCCUGCGGAUUGCUAGUGAUUCUCGUGGUGGAUCCCUUCCCCGGAUUUCCUGUCCAUGAUGUGACCACUGGCGUCAUCCUGGGACUGUCGACCUUCACCAUGUUCUUCAUCGGAUUGGGAGUGCUGGGCAGCUUGUGGUGCCACCGACCUCCGCCAGACAACCGCGUCAACGUGGUCUAAUACCCUGGAAAUAGUUAAUCCUAGACUCUAAUUAGUUGCACCAUCCACUUCGACUUCAAGAACUUGACACACCGAACGGCUAAAAGACCAAAAACAAGAACUAGAUUUAUAAUCAGCGGAAGAUCAUCAUCCCCCAAACGACUGUAUAUAACAAGUGGGUUGUACCUAUUGCUAACUCCUAGUUUGUUUAACUUAUUGUUCACCUUAAUGUAAGCAUGUUACGGAAUAAGAAUAAAAUAAAGGCACGUAGUUACCAGAA